AUUUCUAGAAAUGACCGGUCAUCAGGAUCCAGUUAAGCAGCCUCUUCCAGACAGUCCUCCAACUGACGAAGGAAUGUCAAGCUCAUCAGCUCAGCCAUCGGCUCCAUCAGCUCCCGAGCAACAGCCAACAUCGCCGUCUCGUCCACCUCCACCGGCUGGAUUUGUCUAUCCCAGCACAGACAUUCAAAACUCUUCAGAAGUUCAUGUCAGCGCUCCAGUUCCAGCAGGACCACCACCACCGCAUGCUUCUGCUGGACCAGCUCCUACUAUGAGUUCCUACGAUAUGCCACCACCAUCCUAUCAGGCUGCCAUGUCAUAUCCAGCUGCACCGACGUACGGUGGAUCGACUGAUCCUAAAUAUCACAAUGGAGGGCAACCGCCGAUCUACUACCAGCCACCACAGAUUACACAAACGCGUCUCCCACAACCGGCCGCAAUUGAGCAGAUCGUUCGAGCAGUUCGUAUUCAAAAUCCUGCUGGAAGUAAUGUCAUAGUUCAUGUUCAACCUGGAGCACCAUGCCGUCGUUGUACCGUUGGAGUGAUCACUCGUCAAACUGAUAUGUGCUGUCUUCUAUGUCUGAUUAUGCUCACAAUCUUCACAUUCCCAUUUGGAUUGAUCUUCUUGUGCUGUGUCCCGUGUACCGUUCAAAAUCGAUGCACUCACUGUAAUCGACUCGCUUAAGAAGAAAUUUCAAUUUAUAUUUUAUCCGCUGUAGUAUUAUUAUUUCCCCCUUCCUACCAAGUAGACAUAUUAACUGUUCCAUACCAUAAUCAAAAAUUGUAAAAUUAGUGAACUGUACUGGUCACGAGUGUGUUUUUGUGUUACCGUUUUAUGUUUAGUAUUUUAUGCAACGAAGUCAGUUCAGAUACUGAAUUCAUCACUCUUCCUCCCCCUUUUCCCUCGAAGCCUUAUUCCAAAACCCAUUCAGAUUAUGCGUGUCGCUGUGAAUAUCAUUGAAACAAUUGAAAUAAAGAUAUUACCGAUUA